UAAUUUAAAAUAUAAUUUGAAUUUAUUUGGUUUAAAGUAUAACUAGUUAUAUGCAGCUAUAAACAUAUUUAACUAAACAUUACAGUAGAUAGAUUUUUUGAAAUUGUCCUUCGACAAUAUUUAGACGAAGUUUUGAUGAUGAUCCCCUAUACAAGUUUAAUCUCAACCGUUCCUCAAUCACUGUUUCGGAACUGUAAACAAAGUGUUUCUUGGAUACUAUCGCCAACCAACAUCAGAAAUCUGAAUGCUAACUUGCGGUUAUCUUCUUUUUUAAAGCAAGAUGUUUCUACAAUUUUUGCUUUCUGUGGAGAGAUGGGUGACUCCCUUAUCAGUUUAUAACUGAAGGAUCCUACAAGUUUUAUGCUGGAUAGACUAAUGGAUUAAUGAGAAAGAAGUUCGUAAUUUUACUAGUACCUGUCAAGGGGUAACUACCUUUUUAGAGUCACUAGACGACUGGAAACAAGACCACACUACUUUGACUAGAACUAUUCAAAGAACGCUGAGCACGUUGUUCUCCUCUGCAAACGCAAAAGAAAAUGUCGGUUGAUUUAGUGAAAUUAUUGUUUUAGGUGCUUAUAUUUGCUAAGUAGCUUGAACAUGUCCAAAAAGCGGCUCUCAUCGACAUUUCCAGCGCACUGCGCUUAAUGUCAAUUAACACGUAGCACCCGUGGACAUUGCCGGCAGGUAUAUUGCUGCAUAGUGCGCUCUUAGGCUCAGGAAAGCUGGGUAUAUGAAGGAGUCCAAACAAAGACACGCCGAAAUUCUGAAUGUUGAGUUUUCUGAAAGGAGCUCUCCGUCAAUCAUAGCUUUAAGCUACCGGAGCACUGUAGUAUUUUAGGCAUAAGGAGCUGCUAUUAAAUUGCCGGUAGACGAACUGCUACGAAGUAAAACCUCUUUCUGUGAUGUGAGCAAUUAUUUCGACAGCAAAGUGGCAAUACUAGCGCUAGUCUAGCUAAUUUAGUCAAGGAGUGUCUGUACUCACUAAAAAAAACAACAAGCUACUACAUCAUCAGACUUGUUUAGGUACGUGGUCAUAACGGAAACACUGGCAACUACAAACCCGAUGAGCUAGCCAAAGCUCGCAUCGGAAUGGGACCGAGCUUGUCUUGUCGGGCGCUAGUUGUCAAAGCCUUUGCAAGACUGAGGUUAAACAUCACGGCAGUCUUACCUUUGGCGAACCCGAAGAGUCUAGUCUCAAAGCCCCUUGUCCAUUUUUAAGGGUCGUAUGAUGUAUUAAAUAUGAGUUAUAGUUACCACAACAGACCGGCGUUCUAAGUUGUCCAAGUGAGAUUGCUGUUAGGAUCGAUCUCUUAACCUAACUUUACAAGAAAUGCAAAGGCUGUUCUGAAGAAAACCUCUGCGAAAGGUAGGGACCAAAAGUUACAAUCCAAAAUUUUUAGAACUUUUUUCUAGGGCCUAAACUUCUAAUGAAAUAAACUCUUCUCAUGAAUUCCCGUUUAUAUGAAAGGCAUAAAUGCAAAUUCUUAGAUUUAAUAUUUUGCAGUUCUUCCAUAUUUUGUUACUACAAGCAAUCAACUAUUUAAAAUUGCUGAUAGAAAUAUAUCAGAAUUACUUUGAUAUUUAAAUAAAUUAAAUUUUUCAAAACUAUCCACUACUAACUACAUGGUAUGGUCUCUUGGUUAACAGUUAAGCAGAAUGACGUGUCACUAAUAUUUAUUCAUUAACUUGUAUUUACAUUAACAUUGGCACUGAAAAAAUUAAAAAAUUAGCUGAAAUUGGGUUAUUAAUAAAUAAAUUUGUAUAUGUAAACAUAUGUGACUGCAUAUGCAUUUGAUUGCCAUUUGUAAAUGUUUAGUAUGAGUGACUAUUGUUUGUUUGUUUUGAGUGCAAAAGUGUCCGGUGAGCACAACUAAAAUGUAUAAUCUAAAGACAAAACAGUGAGAAGAACGAUGUGGCACUCAUAUCAAACGGUGAAUAACAUAGCAAUGAGUUAAUAAAUUGCUAAGCUGCUUAAAAAGAGCCAAAAGAGACAAUUGUUAAAUGUGACGUAAGAAGAAACAAGUUUCAAACAAAAAAAUAAUAAUAAAAACAUACUAUUACAAAAAGUGAAUUAAUUGGAGAUGUUACAAUUGGUGGGCACGCACAACACGCAGGCCGCAGACAAUUGCAAAUAUGGUACGUUCAAAGGGCAAAAACUGCCUGCGGUGUAUUUUUGUGUAAAUACGCGAAAAAUAAUAAGGAGGAACGUAAUAAUGUUUCCAUACUUAAUUUCGUAUGCAGUCGCUUUGGGUCAAGCGAAACUAUUGCGACUCAGAACACAUUGACUGGCGCGCUUGUGUUGACUGCAGUCGCUAUCGAAGGUGCUGCUACGUGGAAUUUGCAAGCAUGCGAUUGAGAAGCGAAUACCGGUGGGAAAAUGGGAAAACAAAAAACGUGUGUUUUAAUAUCUGUUUUGUGGAAAAGUAUGUAAAUAAAUAAAGCUGGUGAAACAGCUGAGUAUUUUUAUGAGGGCAGAGUGUAACAACAUUAGCAACAGUUGUGUGUGGAGGUUGAUUGAAGCAGGGUUAGAAGCUGAUACUAAGUUGUGAGAGCAAAAAAAAAAAACGAAAUAAAAAGCAACAAAGAAUAGAAAAAAAGUAUAAAUAAAAAUAAUUAAAAAGUUAAACAAGAAUAUAAAAAAUAAAAUUUAAUCGAAAAUACAACAUUUAAUACAAAAAAAUUUGCCGCAACUCUAAAGAAUACCAGCAACUGUUUAUCCAAUGAUUAGAUAAAAGUCAAAACAACAACAACCAUAAGUCAGAGCGCAAAAGUUACACAUACGCGUAGUGGCGACUACACAUACUGCAAUAGCAGCAAGUGAAACAUUAUCAACGUUAAAGCAGAUACUUAGAUACAUACGUACAAAGUACAUAUGUAUGUAUAUAUAUAUGCACAUACAACUAUUAAAACUUUAAAAUAUCUAGGCAAUACGCUGAUAAUAUUCGCGGUUUUUACCUUUCGUAGUUGAUUAUUGUCAUUUGCCAAGUGUGGCCGAAGCCGUUUUGUGUUGUGAUAACGUGCGGGUUUACUUAUAACCAUAACACCAUAAUAGAAGCAAUACAAAUUAUUUAAAAAAAAAUUUAAUAGUUUUCACACCAGUAUUUAAUAUAAGCAAAAAUGUUAACAGAAUUUGCUGGCAAUUUGGCACACCACCUGGAAUUUGGACAUGCCUUGGAGAUCGUGGCGAAGACCAUAGACAGCGCCUCAAGAUUUCAAAUCAAUUUGUCGACUGCCAAAUCGGUGAUAGAUCCAAAUGCCGACAUCGGUUUGCGCUUCGCUUGCUCCUUUCGCAAGGAUAUAAUUGUGCGCAAUGCACGUAUCGGCGGCGUGUGGGGUGAGGAGGAGAUACAUGACAUUGAAGGACAUUCAUUGCAGAAUCCCAUUGAGUCGGGAGAGUUUUUCGUAAUUUACAUACUCGCUUGUGAGGAGAAAUUUCACAUAGCGAUCAACAAUCGACCCUUUUGUACAUUCAGAUAUCGCAUGCCACUCCAAUCGUUACGCAGCAUCGAGAUAAGCGAACAGAUACAGGUGAUUAAGCAGGUGGAUCAUCGCGCAGUCUUCCCAUAUCCCUGGCCGGCUAUACAAUCAUCCGAUUUCGGGAAGGCGUUCAGUAAUGAUUCAUCGAUAAUGUUUAGCCCAGGCCAUUUAAUUGUGAUAACCGCACGAUGUUUUGAUAAUAAGAAGGGUCAAUUUAUAAUUAAAUUUUUGGACAGCGACACGAAACGUGAGGAGCUGCAUUUCAGCGUGCGUUUCGAUCAGAAAGCCGUUGUGCGCAAUUCAAUGAAUAAGGCCUUUGAAUUUGGACAGGAGGAGCGCCAUGGCGGUUUUCCAUUCGUCUUUAAUCAGCAAUUCAAGCUUGCCAUCGCCUUUACAGAGCGCGAAUUCCUCACCGCAGUGGAUGGCUAUAACUUCUGCAGCUAUGCCUAUCGCACAACAAAUGUAUUUCAAAAUCUUGUCGGCUUCAAGGUUACAUGUAUAAAUGGUUUGCAUAUGCAUGUGACGGGUGUGGACCACUUGCAAAUGGGUGAUCCCUCUUGUACGGGUUUCGAAAAGUAUUCAAAGCACGACUACGAAUGUGCUUAGCACCAACAUUCCGUAUGCCAAAUUUUCUUGUCGCACACAUUCAAUAUAAGCAUAAAUAUUUUUUGUACAAAACUAUUAGUUAUACCAAAUAUUUCAAAUGCGAAAUAAAAAUUAUCUACAAA